UUGAAGUCCUGUCAUAAAAACAAAAAGUGAGGCAGCAAGUUGCAUUUCAAAAGGUGAGGCACAAUUUUAAACAUUGUCACAGAAACCCUUUUACAUGCACAUGUUCGCCACAAACGCCAUGAAACAAUCUUCUUUCGAUUCAAAACCACACGAUGAGCCUGACGAAUUCGACUUGAAGGAAUGGGCUCUGAAGGCGAAAGUCAGCCGAGAAAACACGAAUUCGAGAAGAUUUUCGGCAUCGAAUUUUAAGAGCUUCAGAGAAAAUCAAAGGUCUUUCGGAUCAAACAUAAACAUUUCCAGCACGGUUUCUUCCCCUGGCUACAACACCAUUCGAGACGAGAUUAACCCUGCAACAUAUUCAUUCACAAAUGCUUUGAAAGCAUUACAAGCAAGAACAGUCUAUAGUAAUACAUGGGAGUAUUUAUCACCAGAUAAUGGAGGAUUAACUCUCAAUUCCAAAUGGAAUGAUGCAGAAAAAUACAUAUGCAAUCCCCUGUCAGGACAAGUUCCUUUGCAAUGCCUAUCAUCAAAAGCUCUAAUAAGUGGAAGCUCGUCUCAAAGCCUAAUAAGAAGCAAACUUACAUUAUCUGCACCACUCAUCUACCAGCCUUCUCAGUUGAACCAUUUUCAGACAAAAUCCUCAACCAAUGAUAGUCAAAAUCAAAUCAAAAUAGUGGCAAUCCAAGAAGAAAAAAGGAGCACAACAAGAGAUGUUGGUACUCAAAUCAAAUUCAGUUCUAAGAGUCCAAUUCCAUCUCUAAAUCCUUCAAUUGAAGAAAAAUCAAUUAAGCCAAUUGUUCAAGAAGAAACUAGAGACUCAAUUGUUACCUCCAAAACAAUGAAAUCACAGGAUAAGGUGGAUGAGAAGGUACAAGAGAAAGAAAUGGGAGAAAAAAGAAAUGAGGGAAGGAAGAGAAAGAAGGUGAUGAUGAUGAUGACUAGCACGUGCAGCGAUGGGGGAAAAGGCAAAGGAUGCUUAUCAUUCAUCAACUUUUGGCGGCAAAAAACAAGAAACCAAAACAAUAAUGCAACUUUGUCUACCUUCCUUUGCCAUGUUAAUGCUUCAUUUCAACAAUAAUGAUGUUCAUGCACAUGUAUGUCCGUAUAUAUAUGUGUGUGUGUUUCUGUGAUCAAUCUUUAACAUAUUUCUUUGCAAAUGACAGGAAAAAAAAAAUCCUCAAUUUUGAGUUUCAUUCGAAUAAUAAAUAUAUGGAUGUAUAAAACAACAUAUAUUUUACUUGUACCACGUUUUUUAAUUUUAUAUAGCUAUUUUUUACCAACCCAAAUGAAAUAUAGUCACAUUGUAAAAACUAAAAAGGCAAUGAAAUAUAGUCG